AAUCCGACAGCGGUGCACUCAUGUUGAAGCGAAGGCCGCUAUCCAAAUCUAAAUCAUUCUGAUUUCGUCGCUGGAACAGUUGUUACGGGUUGAAAUAAGUUUGGCAUAACACCUGCUCCGGGCAUAUCCUGUAUUCACAACAUAUCUAUCACUUGUGACAACUGUUAAUAACUUCCAAACUUGAACAGUUUGCGGUAUCCGAUACCCAAACAAUACUUCGUUAAGAGUGAGCGAAAGAAGGAAACAACUUGAACAAUGAGUCAAAACAACGUGUACACCAACAAAGUUGAGGAGGAGUACUUGGACAUCGUGUCCAGGAAUGCUUGGGCCCUGGUCUAUCAGAAGAUCGGGCUGGAAUGCCAACGCUAUGGCUACACCUUGAACGAAGCCAAGAAAGCCCAGAACAAGCCAUUGAACCGCUACCGCGACGUGAAUCCCUUCGACCACACCAGAGUUGUGCUGAAGCGCUGUGAGAGGGACUACAUCAAUGCUAACUAUGUAACCAUGGAACGUGCCAACCGCCGCUAUAUUCUAACCCAGGGUCCUUUGGCAUUCACCGUGGGACACUUUUGGUUAAUGAUCUGGGAACAGAAUACAAAAGCUAUAUUAAUGCUAAAUAAAGUGAUAGAGAAAAACGAAAUAAAGUGCCACUGGUAUUGGCCGCAAGGUAUAGGUGAAACACAUAAGAUGACCUUCAAUGAUGUCCAAUUAGCACUUGUCCUUGAAAAAGAAGAAGAUUGCUGCUACUAUUCUACCAGGCAGUUCAAGCUGUAUGAUCUUGAGAGCGGCGAAAACCGCGACGUAAUGCAGUACCACUACACCACCUGGCCGGACUUUGGUGUCCCCACCUCUCCAAAUGCGUUCCUCCAGUUCCUGAAGAGAGUACGAGAGUCUGGGGUCUUGGAUCCUACUGAUGGGCCUCCAGUUAUCCAUUGCAGUGCCGGUAUCGGACGAUCAGGCACAUUCUGCCUUGUCGAUUGCUGUCUUGUCAUCGUGGAAAGGGAAGGAAUCGAGAACCUCAACAUUCAAGAGGCGCUCCUCGAGAUGCGUCGGCACCGGAUGGGCCUGAUCCAAACUCCUGAUCAGCUUCGGUUCUCCUACCAGGCCGUCAUUGAAGGCAACCUUAACUUCAGCCAGCAAGAUUCCAGCUCGGAUGAGAGUCCCCCAACACCGCCAUCGCGUGACAACUCCUUGUCUGCGUCGUCCGCUGAUGAUGAAGACGACGAGCCGACGGCUGCAGUGGCCGAAAGUUCUGGCGAUGGAGCCGAUACCCUGCGUCGGCGGCGGAAUCGUGAGCUGGCAGACCGCGUGCUCAACAUGAAACGGAAAGCGCGGGAGGCCGAGAGAUGGCACCGGAUUAAGAGGUCGCUGUACAAACCUCUCACCAUCACAUUCGGGUUUAUAUUGGCCGGCAUCAUUAUCUACUCAUACGUCAAGCACUAAACUCCCGACACGCCCGAUUUUCUAUAUCCUACUAUAUUACGCGAUUGUUACAUUUUUGAGUCGAGUUUGCAUUGAACCCACUUUCUGAGCAAUUUUUAUUGCAUUUCUCCUUGAGGGAGGCCUCCCUCCGCGACGAAUGAUCCAGAAUAUUGCUUUUUGACAGCACUUCUCUCAAAUGAUUUAACCAUGCAUCGUGCAUACUCGCUCAACAUACAAGUUGGAGUUGACACGUGAAUGAGGAAUGAGUUAUGAAAAUAAUAACCAAUAAUGAAAGUCGGGCUCGUCAGGAUAUUUAUUAAGACUGCAUUAUUAUUCAUGUAUUUUAUAUUCGACAUAUUAACAUGUAAUCAUAAGGCGAUUAGUCGUAUACUAACAAUUGUGAGGAAGUUCUACUUUAUACAUAUUAUAUGACACUAAGUUAUUUUACACCAGUUAUUGUGUUAGUGUGACAAGUCACUGUUGGCGGUCCAGUUGUUGUAACAUACUCGACUCAUGUCAUCACUUAUGGAGUCAGCGACUUGUUAAAAGGACACGAGACUUUAAUCAGAAGCUUUCUCGUCUCUAUUCAAUGUAAGAACUUCUUGACACUAUCAUCUUAUCGACUUUUGUCUCCGGUUUUCUCAUAAUCAUGGGGUUGCGCAUUCAAAUUAUCAAUAACAUUUUACAUUUCAUACUCACUGUGGUUUUUACUGUUGGUAAUUUGGUGUGUAACCCUGUGUGUUGUGUAUUUGAUUAAUGUACAAUCUUCACCCGACAACGAAGUGGAAAUAUUUGUGGAGCAUACUUGCAAGUCGCUGUACAGUUACGACUCCCGUAUUCAGUCGAUUCCUCGUUAUGACGCCGUGUAUACCAUUUGUUAGAUGUGAGACGGCGGUAGACCGUCGCCGAUGUGCGCUAUAAUAUUUGUGUGACUACUACAUCAUAUAAUAUGUAUAUAUAAUAUGUUAAAAUAAGAAUAAAAAAAAACGCAAAAAAAUCGUAGCAUAUAAAUUCUAGGUGUAUUUAUUUUAAAAAUGAAAGUCAAUUUUGUAAUAUCACGUGUUAGAAUUUACGCACCUUUUGUUAAUAAUUUUUUUCCUUUUUAUUAAAAUAAUAUCAGUUUUUUAUCUUUACAAAAUUAAUGAGCUUAUUCUCUAUUUAGAGACUUUUUCAGGGAAUUAGAUCGCGUUUGCGAUAGGGUAUUUGUAUUUAAUAAAUUGAAAGACGGUGAUAUCAGACGAGAGGAGCCCCGGCGCAGGCUGUAGCCGCGCGGUCGUGCGGGAGAUAGAAGUUAUGCUCAGCUUUACUUUAUUAAUAUAUUUUUAUUUUUAUUUUAAUAAUUUCAAUGCAUUUCUGUAUUAUAAAAUCAUUAUUUUUUAUUAAUUCAAUGAAAAUCAUAACGACUACCUGAAUUAUAAUUUGUUUAUUAGAAUAACGAUGAUAAUAAUUAUGAAUUAUGUUAACUUGUGGAUCGUACGGUUUCCACGUGUGGGCUCGAUCCCACAGGAAUAUUAGGCAGUGUGGAGUCCGGGAUUGUAGGAACAUCAAAUGUGAAUAUACAAGUGAACUAUUACUAUUGUGUGAACUAGUGGCGCGGAUAUUAUGUCUACAGCAAGCGGUUAUCUGUAGAAAUGACAACGCUGUUUCUAAACCAUGAUUUUAUCAAAGAUUUUGAAAACUGCGUGCUAAACAUCAUGCCAUGUAACUAAGGGUUAGCGGUUAGUGCAACUCCCGUUUGUUAAAAGUUCCGGUAAAUUGUGAUUGGUAACGUAGGACUGACCGCGAGACGCGCGGGUAAUUGACAAGGAAGGUGGUGUACGAAGGAAGGGUGCUAAAUGUAAUGAAAAUGAAACAAACAAAAUACGUGUGUAGAUCAUACGCUUCAAAAUUUGUUAUAUAUUGGGGAAGGCUACAUUUUGAAAUUCGGUUUGUUAAUUUCAGGUUUAAAACGGCGGACGAUUCGAAAGAACAUAGCGAAGAGACAGAGGAGAUUAGGUAAAAGAUAAAGUAAUUUUUUAAAUUGUAACAUAGAUAUCUCGGUUGCGUGCGUCUCGGCACUUAGGAUACGCGAGGACGGUCGAACGCACUGCUGUUUGACGUCCAAUUGCGUUGCAUUAAUUAAUUAUGAAUUAAACUGUCAUAAACUGUCCGUUAAUAACCGUCCUAAUGAAUACCAAAUUCAAAAUUGUCGUUUAAUCCAUGGAUUUAAUUACAAAAAUUAUCGUUUUAAUUGUUUUUAUUUUGCUUUUUUGGUUUUGGUUUGACGUCAUUAACGGAUCUUAUUGAAACCUUUGAAAGUAACCUCGUUUGAUAUUCUCGUAUAGCGCUUCAGUAUUUUACUGUAUUUGAAAGGUUUUUUUUAGUUUCCUUAUUAUAAGAUAUUUUGUCGUUCACUGCUUUCGUUCAUUUUUGAGGCAGCUCUCACUAGAACAUAGGGGCGGUUUCUUAUGUUCUUUUAACUAAAUAAAUACGUGGGCGUUGACUGAGGAGUACAUAGGACCUAUUGAUUGAUGAGGACUUACAUUUUUCUAUUUUAAUUACUUCAUACUUUUACAGACACAUAGUAAUGCCCCGUCAGUCAUAUAAUAACACAAUUCCACUUAAAUUUGUGUUUCGAAUAUUCAAACUGUAAAUACAUCUACACAUUAGUUAUUAAGUUUACGAAUAUUUAAAAUUAGUAUAAUUAAAAGUACGUUUAGUGAAUAAUUAUACCUUUAUUGGGGAAUAGUUAUUUCGUCAAGUAAAUAUAAUUUGGACAAAUUAUUUUUUAUAUAAAUUUUAGUUAGUAUAAUGGUCUCGCUCAUUUGUCAACUGCUUCCGAAGCUGUCCGAGACCCAGUCUUGCCACUUAUGAUGUAUCGUGCUCUGAUAACUAUUGUACGUACAAUUCCCCAAUGGAGGUAGCUCCUACUGAUUGUAUCCUUUGUAAACAUUCAUUAGUGCGAUCAUUACAAACUGAAUCGACCUAGUGAACGUCCGAACUGAAACACAAUAUUGUAUCCGCCGUCUACCUACUAUAGCAGACAGUAUCAUUCGGAAGUUUGUUAACAAUUACUAUUUGUUCAUUAGUGUACUUGGAAGUACUUCUAAAUAAAUAUGUAGUGUAAUGCCCUAAUGUCAACGAUAUACAAUAACAAUAAAAUAUAUGAAAGUGUUAGUUUAAACUAUAAUAAGUAGGCAUGUCCGUUGUUUUCUCGUCCAUAAUGAGUAACGCGAAAUGUUGUACACUUACACUAUCAACCAUAUGCUGCACCUUUAAUCUGCGACGUAUCCAAUUUUAUAUCUAUAGCAUCUACUCGAGUAUUGUACUCAGAACCUUAACCAAACCCUAUAUUUUAACUUACCUACACUUGAAAACCGACGAUGUAUCUAUUUUUAUUACGGGACACUGAUCAGUUUAAAAAAAUCUUAAACAACAUAAAAUGUUUCUUCUAUGACGUUGGUGUUUGUGGUUCAGUGGGUGUUAGGAGGUCUAUCUAUCGAUGGGUCGCUCGUUUUUGUCGGGUAAUGUCUGUCGUUGGUUCGAUUCUCGUGUCUUGGUCGUUUUCGGUUGUAAUGUGACGUUAUGUUCGUUGUUUUGGUUGGUUGUCGGGUUUUGGAUUGUUUUGGACAAUUCUUUGACUAUGAUUUAAUUUUGAAAUUAUGAUAAACUUUGUGCUGUUACUUAUAAAACACUAUAGGUACCUGUGGUGGGUUAUAAGUGAUGGCCUUUUCAUCAUUCGAUUUUCGAUUGGUCGAUAUUAAUGUUUCACAUUCAUAUCUCACCAAUCUGUUUGUUGAAUGAUGUUCCAAAUCUAAGUAGCGACUAUUACGACGUUAUAUAUACAACCUUUAUUUACAACGAUGUUUUUCAUGGAAAUAAAACACUUCAUGUCUUUAUGAUUUCUAUCUACUACGAAACACUACGAUUGAUAUCUAAAGUACGGCAUUUAAAAACCUAACCUGUUUCUUACAGAAAUAUUUUAAGGGUAUUUACACGAAGAGUAACUACUUAUACGUACCAUGCUGUAAGUAUAUAGACGAGGUCAGAUACUAAAAGAUUCCCCUUCAUAGUAUAUGUUUGACAUAAUGUAGCACUAAUACUACGUAUAAGUACAUACACCAAUUCAGUGGAUAAAAAUAAUAAAUGUUACUAAAUGA